CUCCCACGUCUGCUGCACCAAUGACGAAGGCUGAGUGAAGCGGGCUUUUGUCAGGUCCUAGAAGGAGGGUAUACCAGCCAGUAACAGCGCGACCCUCCUCCCUACCAUCACCUGUUCCUUUUUCUUUGUUGAAGUAUUUUAAAUAUUUAGUUUGCAUGAAACAAGUCAUUUCUUGACGAGUUGUCCCUUGGCCUGGCGUGACCCUUGUGGUCAAAUCCAGUUUGUGUGGAGGGCCUCCUCCUCCUCGGCCAGGACCUAAAGUCGGGGGAGUGGGGGCGAAGAGGCACCAACGGCGGCAGCAGCAGCACCGGGGCGAGGCGAGGCGAGGCGUUUGCGGAAUGGCCAAGCACCAUCCGGAUCUGAUCUUCUGCCGCAAACAGGCGGGAGUGGCUAUUGGACGACUUUGUGAAAAAUGUGAUGGCAAGUGCGUGAUCUGUGACUCUUAUGUGCGGCCCUGCACACUAGUGCGGAUAUGUGACGAAUGCAACUAUGGCUCUUACCAAGGGCGCUGUGUGAUCUGUGGAGGUCCUGGAGUCUCUGAUGCCUAUUACUGUAAAGAAUGCACCAUCCAAGAGAAGGAUCGAGAUGGCUGUCCCAAGAUUGUCAACCUGGGCAGCUCAAAAACAGAUCUCUUCUACGAGCGAAAGAAGUAUGGCUUCAAGAAAAGGUAUCUUCCUGCAGUGGUAGUUUGAAGUCCAUAACACCCAAAGACUUUGAAGAAGAGCCCUUGGUAUUGUCCUAGCUUGUUUUUCUUGCAGCAGCACAGUAUGGUUCAGAAAUACUCCUGUACUAUAAAACCACCAUUCUAGCAUGCUGCUGAGACUGUCUGGUUACCACUUGAGUCUUACCCAGUUUUCUUCCAGUAGGUUUAUCCACUUGGAAAUAGUUCAGCAGUAGGGAAAUAACGUCUUAUUGCUAGUACAGGCAAAGGCCCAUGUGAAGCAGACUAUAAAAAGAUGGGUGUUGCCCAAUGUAGAUUAAUCUUUCCAUUCCAUAAAUGGAAAUGCUGUGACAUGAUUACCAUCUUCCAAAUCACACCCAGGUGCUGCAUAUACAUUGUGAUCCCUUUAGGAAAAUUGUUGGGGUAAUAACCUAGGCUUUUAAGUUCUGAGGUGGCCUCUACAUGGUAGAAAACAUUUUGGGAGUCCUGGUAAGCAAAGCCUACACAACAGGUUUAGCAAGAGAAGUAGGAAGCUUCCCACAUACUCUUAUACUUGGGCCACAGCCUCUCCUCCUAAGGUUUCAGAAAGGAGGUCAUUCUCAGUUGACCUCAUUCAUUUCUAAACUGUACUGAGUGCCUGUCAGGCAAAACAUAUUAAUUCAGGACUGCAUCAUUGUCAUGCAUAACACUGUUUCCCAAACUCCGCAACAGGACAAGUCUUAAACCGCUUUAUACCAGUUUCUGUCAUGCACACACCAAGUUUUACUUUUGAAACUUUGAUCUGCGGCACAGUUCUGUUCUGGGCCCUCCCCAAACUUAAACAAGUGUUUUUUGGGGUUUUUGGGUUUUAAUUGGUGCUAGCAUUAGAGGUUGGUACUGAGGCCAGUCUGCUGUAUGACCUUCUUUUUGCUUGGACUCGAAUACAAACUCUUAAACUCAAUAUACUUUGGACCUUCUUCCACCAAAUCCAGUUGCACAGCGUGUUCAAAUGUAGACUAGGAUUCCUCAAAGCUUUUGUUCCUGAACCUCCUUGCCCUUAGAUUUCAUAGAAGCCUGUGUUUAAAUCUGGAAAAGAAAGGGAUGGGGUGGAAUGGCAGAAGAGGGUGUGAAAGAAGAGAAAAGGGGAUGGAAAGAUGUGAAGAAAUGUGGGAUAAAAAGGUGAUAGGCAUGCAGGAACAUGGCUUGUGUAUACUUCAUUGCCUCUGUUUCACUGAUUCCAUCACGAAUGGACAGCUUGGGAAAGAAAUGAAAGGUAUUCUUUUUAAAAAUCACUUUUUAAAGUGUUUUUAAAUAUCAUAUCCACAUACAACUUGUUACUCCAUUCUCCAGAAAAAAAUUGUUCAUAAUACUAUUACAUUUGAAACAAAUAUAAUAUCAUGUGAUGAAUGUGCCUUAUUCCACCAAUAAGCCAGUAUUUCUAUUUUAAAAACUUGUGCAGUCAGUACAAAUGUUGCUUGCACUUGGCACAGUUAUAUUAUAUUAUCAUUUUAUUAUUUGUGUAAUGUUUAGAUGCCAACAUGGUAGGUUCUUUAGCUUUUUAUAAUUUUCAGUUUUAAUUUGAACCUAAUUAUGAUUGUGGUUUUUAAUCUGACCUUUUAAAAAAUUAGUUAAGUUUAUUACUUUUAUUGUACCUGUGUCUAUCUUAUUGUUGUGAACCGCCCUGAGCAGUAGUGCACUGGAGGGGCGGAGUAUAAAUAUUUUAAAUAAGUAAAUAAAUAAAUGAUACAAUGAAAUGCAGGCUGUUCCAAUAGGAGGGUUUUGUUUGAGCUCCUUGCAACUUUUAGUUGCACAGCUUGAGUCCCUCCAAGCUGAACACAGCCCCAUAUGGCAGGCCACCAGCAGUUAAAAACCAAGUUCAAGGGGGGAAAGGCUAGUUUGAAUUUUGUUUUCAUUUGUAUUUAGAUCCUUCUUGAAUAUAAAUGCAUACUAAUUGGUUACUUUAAUCAUAAAAUGUACUGAUUUUAAACUGAAUUGUGUUUUAUACCACCUCGGAGGAUUCUCCAUAAAUUUAUCAUAAAAUUUCCCUGCCUUGCCACACAAAAAAUAAAUUAUCCCAAAACCAGCAGCAAAGGCUGUUAGUAGUUAUUUAGCAGAUCAGUGCCCUCAGUGAAAGGGAAGGCAAAUGUCUAAGUUUUUUGAUAAGCAUUUAUAAGUAGAGUACUGACUCUGAGCUAGUUGUAAAGAUCAGGGAGUUACUAAGAAUAAAAUAGGCAUAGAAGAUGCCCAGAUAGAUCAGUGAAUGACAGCUAUGGGCAGUGUCCAUCUAGCCUCUUAGCAUCAGGCAAUAAUAUAAGUUCAUGAACUAUUGUACUGUAUUGUAACCAACAGUGAUGUUUUAUUUACGGAGAAAAGCACCCUUUUGUAAGAGGCUUAUAAAUUCAGCUUUUGGAUAUUAUAUAUUUUAUUAAGUUCACAUUUCAUUUUAAAACAUUCUUUCUGAAAGAGAAAUGUCUUAUAGCUGAAACAUUUUUUAAAAAUCUAUUUUCAUCCACCCUGGGCAACAAAACAUGGCUGGUGGGCUGCAUUCAGGUUGAAGGAUUACAAGCUUCUGUAAAUCUCCAGGUAUGCUUCAGUAUAUCCAGGCAGGUGUGCUUCUGUAUGUCUCCAGGGAAACCAGUGUUUCUAAGUUGUGUGUACUGCUCUAAGCUUGUUAACCCCUGCAUUCAGAAACUUGAAAAACACCUAUGUAUAGUCA